GUCAGGGUGGGACUUGAUAAGCCACGAGGCAGAGCUAGGCAGCAGCUCUGCCUGCACCUAUCCAGAGAAUCUGCCAUAUAGAGCUGAGGGAGCAACAAAGAAAAGGAAUAGAGGGACACACAACAGGAGCGUAGAGGUUCUCAGUGACAGCUGGUGACAGGCUGACAGCUCACACGCUCGUGUCACAGAGAAGGUCCAUGAUAAAAGCAGAAAGUCACCUUAUCAGCUGCUGGAGAACGCUCUGGGCAAGGAGGAUAUACAAUACCUUCUUCUAUGAUUUUAAAUAUUGAUCAGGGUUAGUAAUACCUGCGCGUUGCUAAAGAAUGUCCUGUGAUAAUGGAGAAACCAUUGGGCACUCAAUGUACAACCUCUGUGGACAGAUCCAAGGCUCCACUUCCCAGCUUAGUAGUCUGAAUGGAAAUAGGAAAUAUGCAACCUUGCUGAAAGUCAGGGGGAGCUCAAGCAACAUGCAGUACUCUUCGGUGGCGCUGGGUCCAGAUGCCCCAGUGAAUAAUGGAUCUGGAAUUCCCUGUAACCCCAAGGAAGGCAUGAAGGCUUCAGUCGUGACAGCAAGUGAAGUCCACAGGGCCUGUACAGCAAAGUGUUUCCACAGCCGUUACUCAACUAAAACUAGUACACAGGGAAAUGUCUACAACUUCCUGGAGAGGCCCAGUGGAUGGAAGUGUUUUAUCUAUCACUUUACUGUAUUUCUCUUGGUGUUGAUUUGUUUAAUAUUCAGUGUACUGUCUACUAUAGAGCAUUAUUCUGAAUUUGCCACUGGAACCCUUUUCUGGAUGAUUUCCCUAAUGCAGUACAGAACAUGUUGUGCUGGGUGUCGUGUGUUUUUCAGCCCUCUAAAAUUUGAUUAUUGUACAGAAAUAGUUCUGGUUGUGUUUUUUGGUGCUGAAUAUGUGGUCCGAUUGUGGUCUGCAGGCUGCAGGAGUAAAUAUGUUGGCUUCCAGGGAAGAAUACGUUUUGCCAGAAAGCCAAUAUCGAUUAUUGAUCUAAUUGUGGUAAUAGCCUCAAUUAUUGUUCUGAGCAUAGGAUCUAAUGGGCAGGUGUUUGCCACCUCUGCAAUAAGGGGAAUCCGGUUUCUCCAGAUACUUCGCAUGCUUCAUGUAGAUCGGCAGGGAGGCACUUGGAGACUACUAGGAUCAGUUGUUUUCAUACAUCGUCAGGAACUUAUAACUACAUUGUACAUUGGAUUCUUGGGAUUAAUCUUUUCAUCCUAUUUUGUUUAUCUUGCUGAGAAGGAUGCAGUUGAUGAGAAUGGAAAGACAGGUUUCUCCAGCUAUGCUGAUGCCCUUUGGUGGGGUGUGGUAACGGUCACAACAAUUGGUUAUGGAGACAAAGUUCCCCAGACAUGGAUUGGGAAAACAGUUGCUUCCUGUUUCUCGGUAUUUGCUAUAUCUUUCUUUGCUCUACCAGCGGGUAUUCUAGGGUCCGGUUUUGCCCUGAAAGUACAGCAGAAGCAACGUCAGAAGCAUUUCAACAGACAAAUCCCAGCAGCAGCUUCUCUAAUUCAGACACUGUGGCGGUGCUAUGCGGCAGAGAAAUCUUACAGUUCUACAGCAACAUGGAAAAUCUAUGUUACAUCACCUGCACAAAACCCCAAAAAACCACCAGCGCCAUCUAGCCCUAGUCUGAGAAAACAGGCUAGAAGAUCCAAAAGAAAAGUGAAACCAGGCUGUGGUAAUGGUUCUGCACCUGUUAUAAACCCAGGAGAGAAUGCCUUAUCUAUUCCACAGAUCACUUAUGAUCAUAUUGAUGAACAAAAAGACAAAAAAGAUGUGUCUUUCUACAUCGAUGAACCAGGAGGUCUUACAAGGAUGUUCAGGCAGUCAGUGAAAAGACAUUUAGAAGGGAACAUCCAAGAAAUGUCACGAGCCAACAGCUUCACUGAUGACAUUGACCUUAUAACAGAAGAGUCACCACUGCCAGCUGUAUCUGAUGUGGCACACAGAAGUAUAAGCAGACUGGGAACCUCUGCUCUAUACCACCAAGCUCCGAUCCUCCUCUGUGCACUACAUUCAUCCAGAUCUCUGCUUCUCAGAAUCCCUCUGGUGAUAACUCACAUCAAUAAAAAUGUCAUAUACCUUUUACCCAUUACUGGAUCUAAUCUAAAGAGAUUAACCGAAGCACAUCGAACAGCUGUAAAAGUCAUCAGGAGAAUGCAAUAUUUUGUAGCCAGAAGAAAAUUUCAGCAAGCUAGGAAACCAUAUGAUGUACGCGAUGUGAUUGAACAGUACUCACAAGGACACCUCAAUAUGAUGGUUCGGAUAAAAGAACUUCAAAGAAGAUUGGACCAUUCCCUAGGAAAGCCGGGCCUUUUCCUCCCAGAAAAAGGGGUAGACAAAGGAUACUAUACUGUAGGAGCCAGACUGAUUCGGCUAGAGGAUAAGGUCAUGCAGAUGGACCAGAAGCUAGAUGACAUCCUGACCACGCUCCAGGCUCACUUUGGAGAUCAGCCUCAGGCACAGAUGUCAGGGCCAGCCACCCCACCUGUCAGACAACUACAGACAACCUCGGACUCCCCACCAAUGAACCAGAAAAUUUAAAAGCUGGAGCACAGCCACAUGCCACCCUCUCAUGCUUUUACAUCUGGUCUUAGUGUCUCAGGAGUAAGCUGUGUUGUUGGUGAAAUGAAAUAUUAUGCUGUAGUAGAUUAAAUAAAAAAAGAAAGAGAAGCAGCAGCAAAAAGCCCAUCACACCCCUAGGAGAGCACAUGAGUUUUGCACCUGUUUUAUUAGCCACUGUUAGCUUACCUAUGUCAGCAGCCCCUUGCAGACAGCCCCAUUUAGGCUGGCUGCACACACACAGAGUGCUUGGGUAAGGUAAGCACCCAAGAGAGGGUUAGGAUGACCCAUUCAUGGGCGGAGGGGAAAAGGGGCUGUUUUUUUGGCAUUUAAUCGCUAAGUUUAAUGCUCACAGCAUGCCUAAAAGGGAAAAAGGAGCCAGCAUUUGAACAUGAAACAAAUGGAAAUCAGUGAACAGGAAAAUUAAACAGCAUGUUUUGACUUCUACCAAGCAGUGAGGAUCAUAAGAAGGGCAGAUUUAUACGCUAGUGUGAAUGACAAAGUAAAGACAACAGGCUACUGAUUAAAAAUAUGGAAGCGUACACAAGCUGGUUGACAUAUGAAAGACUGAAGCAAAGACUUCAGCUAAUUAAAGCAAAGGGUUGCAAAUGAGAUGAGAUGCAUGUUGGAACACACAGGCAAGAGAGAUAGUAUCUGUGUAGGCUUACUGCACAAGAACACUCUAAUAGGUAUCGGCUACGCUGAUGACUGUUAUGCAAAAUGUUCUCAAGCUUUUACCUUCAUUCAGCAGGGGCUGUUGACUCCAGUUGCCUUAACUUUAACAUAAGAAACCUGUAUGGUAAUUGGCUGUGAAAUAUCUGUAAAGCUCAGUUCAAGUCACUGAGUAACACAGUGCUGCAGGAGGGCUGCAGCUGUGACUGAGAAUGGCAGGGUUUCUUAAAGAAAACAAAAAUUCACAUACUGUUGAUGAAAGCUAAUCGCUGUUUAAAUAAACUGCUGUAUAUAAUUUUAAAUGCUAGAUUUUUUUUCCUUCUAAUUUGGUUGUAAACUGAGUGCAUAUGCCUGCUGAUAUGCUGUCAUUGUGAAAUGGGUCCUACCUGGCACACCAGGAAAGAGAUGGUACAACACUGUUGCUAAGUAUGUAAAUAACAAAUUGAGCUAAAAAGGGUGUAGUGCUUUUUAUUCAACUCUUUUUAAUAUAUUUACAUAACCAACUGUUUAAAUGAACAGAAGUCUGCAGAGCAAAGACCUGAUUCCUGGGAAAUACUAACUAUAUUCUAUUCUCACUGAUAUUUAUGGAAGCAAAGCCUGCCUUGCAUUUAACAGCAACCUGAAAGACUGGUCCCUUAAUACUCCUUAAUAAAAUAAAUUUAUUUGGACCAAUGAGUGGUCCAUUUCAAUGUAAUCAAAUUAGUUUCUAACUAUUACCUGUCCCUUUAAAACUCUUUCCCAGGUUUGUGUGUCUGGGAAUUCAAGCUUGGAAAGAGCACAGUGAGACUGAUUCCAAUCUUUAGAUUGCAGGCGUGUCUUAGACAGAAUAUUAAUGAUGUGUGAGAGGCAAUAAAAAAAAAAAAUGUGUUUUUAAUUAAAUCAGCUGACAAGCUGCCGUUCCAUCUUGUCUGAUUACUACAGAGUUACUGAACAUGACCAAAUACAGCAUGUAACAUGAGAAAAUGGUAAAUAAUCCUUGUCAGAGAACUGAUUUGCUCCUGGCUUUUGGACAGGGCCAUGAGCUUCAGCAAUGGUCCUUCAUACAACCUUACUGACUCUGGCCACUCAGAACUAAAUGGGCAACUGGACACUGAAGGCAGGUACCAUUUUAUCAGCCAUGGGUGAAUAAUAACCUUUGGGAUCCUGUUGCCACAGAGGUUCAGAAGAUGAGCAGUGUGGCUUUCAGUAGAAUGGCUCUGUGGCCAACACAGCAUGAAAUGUCCUUCUGGUACAAUGUGGAUAUUUGUGUCCUAGUAAUGCGUAGUCACUGUUUAGUGGAUCAAGGAAUGUAACAGUAUCGUACUUUCCAAUGACUCUCAGUGGAAUUGUUAAGGUACUAAGGUACUAUGCAUACAUUAACACCUACUACUGCAACGUCUUGGAGAAUACACUAAAAAGCCCUUCUUCAGAAAAUUCAGUUAAACAAAGUAGGAGUGGUCUCAGUUAGAGAGAGUAUCAUAUAGCAUGAGUGGGUGGGAGGAAAGGAUAAAGAAGCUCACAGCGGUCACUUCAGGGAAACAAAAAAAUGUGCAAGAGUAUCUGGACAUAUCUUUUUUUUUUCUUUUUUCUUUUUUCUUUCUUUUUGAAGCAGAACCAAAGUUUCCCUGGGAAGUUUUCGGUGAAGCCAGAGCCUGAGCCAUUAAGGGUUUGAAAUUCUAGCCAGCCAUCUGCUUUAUGGCUGGCCACUGCAAACACUGCAGUGUGGCAUAACAUGUUCAGACAGCACCUUCAACAUGUGAAGGCAACCAUCACUGUUGCAAUGAUGGAGAGAUAAGGGUGUGGCUUGAACAAAUUGCAGUGAGGAAGGAAGAAGCAGGUUGGAGACACCCAUUUUCACACCAUACGAUGAGACUAAUGGUUAAAAAAGUAAAAGCAACAUAGCUUAGCUUUAUUUCAGCAAAUCUCCACUCCCACAUAUAGAAGACAUGAGUUGCCAUCUAGCAAAAACCUUUCUGAUUGCCUCGGGGGCAAAAGUGUCCAAAAAUAGCAUUGAUGUGACCAUCUGGUGAUACUACAUGGCUCUUCUGAGCAGAGAUGCUUACGUACAUUGAAUAGAUGGCAUCUUAGUACAUUUACAUGUCACCAGUACUUGAGUGCCCCUAUACCAAGAUGUGCUAUCAGCAAACACUAAGCAGCAAGCUAUGAUUUCACAAGAUAAGAACUGACUUCUACUCAGAAUGUUUCUCUGAGGCCUCAAUAAUCACUAAGCAGGUCAUAACAGCAUCAGAUCUAGGUCACAGUGUAUAUAGCUACAGUGAAACAGAAAAAGCAAAGCAGCAUAGGGGUGAGCUUCAAGAAACUCCAAAACACUGAGAAGUCCUCUGGUAAUCACAAGUCAUGAGAUGAUAUAGUCUGUCAGGCCAGAAGACUGCCCAGUGCACCACAGCAAGUUUUGCUGACUGUCUAAGAGAGCAUGGAUUAAGUGGAUGAAAUGUUAUCAAAAGUGUCUUCAAGAAGAGUUCAUUCUAAUGGAGUUUUGUCAUAAUUCUUGCAUGUUGAUUGAGAAGAAAUGAAGUUCUUCAUGAAACCUA